AUGAGGGCAAGCUUGAAAGCUGCAUUUAAUGUAAAUGUUAGUGAAUCUAAGUGCAAAAGGGCAAAGAAAAUAAUUUUGGAGAAACUUGAAGAUAGUUUUUCAGAUGAAUAUAAUAAGCUUGUUGCCUAUACCAAUGAACUGAAACUUAGCAAUCCUGGGAGUGAUGUGAUAAUUAACUUAUCAAAAGAUGCUCUUGAAGAAGGCAAAAGGAGGUUUUUAAGGAUGUAUAUUUGUUUUCAAGCAAUGAAGUUUGGGUUUAAGAAUGGUUUGAGACCUUUCAUUGGAUUGGAUGGAACAUUUUUAAAAGGGAAAGCCAAAGGUCAGCUCUUGGUGGUUGUUGAUCAAGAUUCUGCCAAUCAUUUUUAUCUAUUGGCUUGGGCUAUUAUUGAUAAAGAAACAAAACUUACUUGGAAGUGGUUCUUAGGUCACAUGCAGACUUCACUAGACCUCAAAAUGGGUAAAGGGAUCACAUUUAUAUCAGAUAUGCAAAAGGGAUUGAUUGACUCAAUCCAAACUGUUCUUCCUGAGUCACACUUCAGAUUCUAUAUAAAGAGUAUGAGUCAAGUAGAGCAUGAUGGAAAGGAAGCUGUUGAGGAUUUGUUAAAGUAUCCACCAAAAUGUUGGAGUAUGGCAUUCUUUGAUACUGUUUGCAAGAACCAGUCUGUGGACAAAAACUUGACUGAGUCAUUCAUUGCAUGGAUCUUGCAAGCAAGGCACAAGCCAAUCAUUAAGAUGCUUGAGGAUAUUGGAAUCAAGGUGAUGAACAUGAUAAAUGAACACGAAGCUGAGGUGAUGACAUGGGGAAAUGAGUACAGUCCCAAAACCAUGGAGUUGUACAACCAAUUCAUGAGGAUUGCAUUGAAGUGUCAUAUUAAUGGCAAUGCAGACAAUGGACAUGAGGUGACUUAA